GAAUAGGGAAGUUUGCAGAGCACAGUUGUUCCCCAUCCAGUCCGGGCGCAGUGUUUGCAAACACCUUGAACGCCAGCGAGAGACGAGAGGGGGCGAAGCCACGGACGGACGGACGCUCGGCUGCUGAAAACAAGCGCCUCUUCGCUUGCAUCGCAGGGGACCGCUCUUAUUCCUUCUACUGGGUUUACAUUUUUUUUUCCUUCAUCUUCUUCUUCUUCCACCUGACAAAAUAUUUUGUGUUUUUUUUUGUUUUGUUUUUUUAAUCUCUGGGAAAAAAAUGGAUGUUCUACCCAUGUGCAGCAUCUUUCAGGAACUUCAAAUAGUUCACGACACGGGCUAUUUCUCAGCCUUACCGUCACUGGAGGAGUACUGGCAGCAGACAUGCUUGGAGUUGGAGCGCUACCUGCAGAGCGAGCCCUACGUCUCCACGUCCGACCUCAAGUUUGAUAGCCAGGAGGACCUCUGGAGCAAGCUGAUCUUGGUCUGCGGCGACAAGACCAAGGCCGAGUCCGACCCCAAGCUGCCCGUGGCCCACGAGGAGGACAAUCGGGACAGCCCCAUCUUGGACACCAACAGCGUGAACUCGGACGCCAGCAGUGAGGCUUCGGACAGUUCCGAGGAGCUCUCGCCGACGCACAGCUUUACCUCCAACCCUCUGGGCUCCGUCCUGGUCGGCUCGGGGCCUUUUAGCCCCUCCGUCAUAAGCACGCCCCCAUCCUCUCCGGAGGCCAGCUCGGAGGCCGGCGGCGUGGCCGGAGCCUGGGUCGCCGCCGAACUGCACUUGCCGGUCAAAAUCCGGAGCGGCGGUGCGGCGAAGGGCGCGGAAAAGACGGGACUCGUGUGCGGGGAAGCGUCCCCGGACGGCAGGAGGCGGGUACACAGGUGUCAGUUCAACGGGUGUCGCAAGGUUUACACGAAGAGCUCCCACCUAAAGGCACACCAGCGCACUCAUACGGGCGAGAAACCGUACAGGUGUUCGUGGGAGGGCUGCGUGUGGCGUUUUGCACGAAGCGACGAGUUGACCAGACACUUCAGGAAGCACACCGGGGCAAAGCCAUUCAAAUGCAGUCACUGUGACAGAUGUUUCUCCAGGUCUGACCAUCUGGCCCUUCACAUGAAGAGGCACGUCUAAAGCGGAGGGCGAGCUCCGACCAACAGCGACGGGGGGAAAAGUUGUUGUAAAAAAAAAAUUUAAAAAAAGAGGAGAGAGAGAGAGAGAAAGAAAGGGGGUUAAAAAAAAAAAAAUACAACGAAAACGCCGUCUCCCGACCAGUCUCUUGGUUGAACUGUCCCAGAGCAGAGUGGCGGGGAGUGUGUUCCAGCCAAAGCAUGCCGUUUUGCACCAUACUGAAACCCAGUGCCUCCGGGACCUCUCUUUGGAGAAAAAGGGCGCUCUGAUGGUUGUCUGUUCCGACAAAAAAAAAAGGACAAAAAAAAAAGGACAAAAUCACGGACGGGGAGGGGGGGGGAGAAGAAAUCUUUUUGCUUGAGAAGGACGUACAACUCACACAUGUAAAAAAAAGACAACAAAAAAAAGAGCGUGAAUGAUUUGUAUGUGUGGUGCAUGAUGUUAGGGGGGUGGAGGGGGAAUUCCCGGACAGCAGAUACACUGGUACUUAAAAAAAAAAAAAAAAAACUCUCUGAGGUUAGCAUGUGUGCACUGUGAAUGUCUGAGAUUGGCUGACUGCCUCCCCCCCCCCACACACACACACACCAUCCCUGGGAGGACAGUAGGCGAGAUGGGGCUGAUGGAGGAACGGACGGUGCGGGGCCGGUACCAAUGUUGCUGUGGACUGAAUGGGUUUCUGGGAGGAAACAUUCCACCCGUGUUUCCCCGGUGGCAGAGCGAGGACGGGGGCAGGAUGGAGGCUCCUGCCUGUCUGUCUGGCACCCAAGACUGUAUGGGGGUGGAGGGGGGUUCUUUGGAGCUUUUUGAGGCCUUGGAUUUGACCCCGGGAGAAAGGGGACCUGUUCCCUCUUCUGGUCAGUAGCCCAGAGACCACAACUCCCUCCCCCCACCCUCUUGGUCACUGUAUGACAGGAGCUUUUUUUUGGUGUUUUUUGGUGCAGCUACUAAAUGUGCAAUGUGUUAUGUAGCCUGGUUUAUUUUUUACAAGCUACAAAGCUCAUUUGUAGUCCAAUUGUAUAAGCUGUGUGCUUAGAGGUAUAACACAACUAUACUAUAACUUCAGUAUCAUAGACAGGUGUUGCAUGGUUCUAGGGUUUGUUCAUUUCAUGUUUCCACUGUAAUCAGGACUGCAAAUAGUUUCAAUAAAAGUGCAGCUAAAGUGCAAACGGUUAAAUGUUACAAUAUUGUACAUAAAGCCUUGAUGAUU